GUCUGCGCGCCAGGUUGUUCUUCCUGCCACCGGGUGUCUCUCUAUCCUUCCCCCCUUCCCCGCUCAACCGCGGUGUUUGCGGGGUGGUCUCGCAGGACUGAAGAGGACACAACCCCUUAGGGCAGCUUCCCUCAGCUGGAUUGCUUGCCAUCCUCAAGCUUGAAAACCAUGUGAAACCAUAUCUUUAAGUGCUGAGUGGGACAUGGCUGAAGGCUGUGGCUGUCCUUUUCACUGGAGUUUUCCUCCGAAGCUACCAGAAUGAUGGAGAAAUGAUACUGAUUGUAUGAAAACAACCCCUUCAGACAACUCCUGUCUUCCUGGGAAGGCCCCUGAAAGAAACAGCUAAAGAAGUUGAAGCCGAAGAUAUUGAAUGCCUUGUCUGAGACCAUUCUGCUGUUUCAGAAGGAAUCUGAGGUUGCAAGUGACAGAAAAUUCAGCCCAAACUGAGUAGGCAAAACAGGUCUCAAAUGAAUCUGACUUGAAAAUUCCGAAGUUAAGUCUCAGUUCUCCUCAAGUAACACCUAUGAGCAAGAGGAUGAAUUGAGUCCGAGCCUCCAGCCCAGGCCAAAAGAUACACCAACGAGCCAAAAAAGCCUAAGCGACCAUCUGACCAUCCGAUCGUCCGACUGGUAACUAUGAUCUUCAAUGACCACCAGGGGACAGAUGCUCUGACAGACUAAGACAACACAUCCAUCUUCAGCUGGAGGAAAACCAGAUAACAUCUGAGUAGAAGCUGGAAACAUCAUUUUACAAACAUAUAAGACUUCAGUAUUCCUCAUAGAGAACGUUUUUUUGGGGGGUGAGGAAAAACCUCUGCAUUGGCCAAGCAAAAGAACCAGGCUCUGUGACUGAAGUCAGCUAAGGAGUGGUUUCUCACACCAUCUGGGAAUAAGAAGCUGCAACUAUUUCACACCAUCUAGAAGACAUGGGCUGUGGUAGUUCAUCAAUUAAAGUCAAGAAAUCUGCAAAAACAAUAAGAGCUGCAUUGAUCAUCCAAAAUUGGUACCGGGGUUACAGAGCUCGGUUGAAGACCAGACAACGUUAUGCUCUCACCAUCUUCCAGUCCAUUGAAUAUGCUGAUGAACAAGGCCAAUUACAGUUAUCCAAUUUCUUUUCCUUCAUGUUGGAAAACUACGUACAUAUACAAGAGAAAGAUCCAACUUUAGUAAAUCGGCUGUUUGGUUGCGCCCCCCAGGACGACAGGGGUAGACAGGAAUGUGUAGGGAUAAUAGAGGUCCCAGAAUCAUAUAGUGGCCCUCGGCUGCAAUUUCCACUCAAUACUGAUUCUCUUACUAUAAUGAUUGAGGCCUUUAAGAAGCAGCAGAUACUCCAUGCCUAUUAUGUUUUAGAGAUACUAUUCGAAACUAAGGAAGCCUUGAAGCAAAUGCCAAAUUUUAAUCAUAUAAGAACUUGUCCCACCAAAGAGAUAACAAUCUGUGGCGAUUUACAUGGAAAAUUAGAGGAUCUCCUUUUGAUCUUCUCCAAGAAUGGCCUCCCCUCAGCGUAUAAUCCAUAUGUUUUUAACGGUGAUUUUGUAGAUCGAGGAAAAUGUUCCAUUGAGAUCUUAAUGAUCCUGUUUGUGAGUUUUCUUCUCUAUGGCGAUGACCUGUGCUUGAACAGAGGAAACCAUGAAGAUUUUUUGAUGAAUAUGAGGUAUGGCUUCACAAAAGAAGUCUUGAGCAAAUAUAAGAUAUACGGGAAAAAAAUCCUACAAGUCUUGGAAGAAGUUUUUGCCUGGCUACCACUCGGUACAGUCAUUGAUGAUGAAAUCCUGAUCAUGCAUGGUGGCAUAUCAGAGUCCACAGAUCUGAAUUUACUCCAUCACGUAGAGAGAAACAAAAUGAAAUCCGUGCUAAUGCCACCAGUUCCAGUGGAUAAAGAUAGUUUUACUGAGAUGAAUAAUAAAGGACAUGUGCCUCGGGGAGUCAAAUUAAGUGGAUCACCUUCUGAUUAUUUAACAAAGCAUGAGUGGGAACAGGUUAUCGAUAUUCUGUGGAGUGAUCCUAGAGGGAAACGAGGCUGUUAUCCAAACACAUGUCGAGGAGGGGGCUGCUAUUUUGGGCCAGAUGUUACCUCGAAGUUUCUUAAUAAAAACCAUUUGAAGCUGCUCAUUAGGUCUCAUGAAUGUAAGCCUGAAGGGUAUGAAAUAUGCCAUGAUGGGAAGGUUAUUACGGUAUUUUCUGCUUCUAAUUAUUAUGAAGAAGGCAGUAAUCGAGGUGCUUACAUCAAGGUUGGUUUUUGUACAACCCUUCGAUUUUUCCAGUACCAAGUAACAAAGGCAACAUGCCUAAGACCUCUUCAUCAAAGAGUGAACACCAUAGAAAGUAGUGCCAUCAGGAUACUGAAAGAGAGAAUGGUUUCACGAAAAACAGAUCUCAUUCGUAGUUUCCAACUUCAAGACCGAACUAAAUCAGGAAAAAUUUCUAUGGGACAAUGGGCUUUUUCUAUGGAAAACACCUUGGGGCUGAACUUACCAUGGAGAACCCUGAGUUCACAUCUGGUUCUCACAGACGACGAUGGUAAUAUUGACUACAUGACCUGCUUCCACGAUAUUCAGAUUCAAAAACCUGUGAAAGAGGCUCAGUCAGCUCUCAUUGAAACUCUGUACAGAUACCGAUCUGACCUGCAAAUCAUUUUUAAUGUCAUUGACUCUGAUCACUCAGGUCUUAUCUCGAUGGAAGAAUUUCAUUCCAUGUGGAAACUUUUUUGUAGUCACUACAACCUUCAUAUCGGUGAUUCCCAAGUUGAUGAGCUUGCUGAAAGAAUGGACUUGAACAAAGAUGGAAGCAUCGACUUUAAUGAGUUCUUAAAAGCUUUCUAUGUGAUACACCAACUUGACAACUUGAACAGAUCAAGCACCCAACUUGCUUAAUAAGAAGUAGAGCUUUCCCUCCUUAUGAACAUAGUCACGAAUACAAUCUUUUGCAGUACCAGUAGUAGAAAGAAGUAGACCCCAAUUUCUGCCAUGAGCAGAUGUGUAAUGUGGGUAUUAGAAGUACCUAGUAAGCUAUUUUGUUAAUGCUAGGUUAAAUGUCAGCUCCAGUGGUAGGAAUCACACAUUUCUAGAUAGAAACUGAUUUUGAGACUAGUGUUGGUCUCUUUGAUGUCCACCUACCAGGAGACCAGAGCAGUUUAGAAACAUACUAAAGGAAAGAAACCUAUAGAACACAGAAAAAACUACACCAUCUGUAAGUGGCCCAGGAAUAGGAGGAGGAAUACUGAACUACUAACAUAAUAAAAUAUUUCCAGCUUU